UAAAAUAAAUUAUAUUUCUAUUCCUAGCAAAUAAACACAGUUAUUGUGGAACUCAAGCACCGAAAAAGAAUUAAAAAAACGUAAAACCGAUAUAAAUACGUAGAAAACGCAGACGCAGAAAAAAGCAAGAACUAUAAUUAAGCUUAAAAUUACAUACAUACAUACAUACAUACAUAUUUAUAAUCUGUAAAUUUCCUAUAUGCACGUCGUCCACGUGCUGUGUGUUUUCAAUUAUCGAAUUGUGUUAAUUUGAAAAUCGCUUAAAACUAAAUGAAAUUAAGUGAGACUGAAUUUGAAUGCCGAAAAUACACCUGAAUAUAAUUUGGUAAAAAUCGUACAAAAAUAAUAAUUGAUAUUCAGCGGACAUAGCGAUUUUGUUGCAAGGCUCUGCUUCACAUAACUCCAAUCGAGCAGCUGCUUUAAGGGAUAAUUAGCGUCGCUAAGUAAAAUGGAUUGGAAAACAUUAUCAAGCAGUGAGAAGAGCCCAAAAAUGGAGCGCUGGAAGCCAACUUCAAUAUUGGAACCGGAACCACCACCGCCCAUACCGCCACGCACAUUUAUGCGUCAAUCGAGUUUCACGAAAAUUGGAAAUAUGCUUAAUACGGCCAUAAAUAUGAAUGGCACUAAAAAAAUACAGAGUAAUGGAGAAGCUUCCUGGUGCUUCUCGCAGAUAAAAGGCGCCUUAGACGAUGACGUCACCGAUGCUGAUAUUAUAUCCUGUGUGGAAUUCAAUCAUGAUGGUGAAUUGCUGGCAACGGGUGAUAAAGGCGGACGUGUUGUCAUCUUUCAGCGCGAUCCAAUGUCGAAAACGGCAAUACCACGUCGCGGUGAAUAUAAUGUUUACUCAACCUUUCAAUCGCACGAACCCGAGUUCGAUUACCUAAAGUCAUUGGAAAUAGAGGAGAAAAUCAAUAAGAUACGAUGGCUGCGAAGAAAGAAUCCUGCGCACUUUUUAUUAUCAACCAAUGAUAAGACGGUUAAGUUAUGGAAGGUCAGUGAACGGGAUAAGUCGUUCGAGGGCUAUAAUACAAAGGAGGAGAGCGGUCUGGCGAAGGAUCCGCAAAAUAUAACUGGCUUAAAAGUUCCUUCAGUUAAGCAAAUUCCACUUAUGGUGGAAGCGUCACCACGCCGCAACUACGCCAAUGCACACACCUAUCACAUCAAUUCAAUUAGCGUUAAUUCUGACCAAGAGACUUAUCUGUCCGCCGAUGAUUUACGAAUCAAUCUGUGGCAUCUUGAGGUGACCGAUCAAAGUUUCAAUAUAGUCGAUAUUAAGCCAGCUAAUAUGGAAGAGCUAACGGAGGUCAUAACCGCUGCCGAAUUCCAUCCAACCGAAUGCAAUGUAUUCGUGUACUCGAGCUCGAAGGGCACAAUACGUCUAUGUGAUAUGCGUUCAGCUGCGCUGUGCGAUCGACAUAGCAAACAGUUCGAGGAGCCGGAGAAUCCAACGAAUCGCAGCUUCUUUAGUGAAAUAAUAAGCUCUAUAAGCGAUGUAAAGCUAAGCAAUUCGGGUCGUUAUAUGAUCUCUAGGGACUAUUUAAGUAUUAAAGUAUGGGAUUUACACAUGGAAACGAAACCAAUUGAAACUUAUCCGGUUCACGAAUACUUACGCAUUAAACUCUGUUCACUGUAUGAGAAUGACUGUAUUUUCGACAAAUUCGAAUGUUGUUGGAAUGGCAAGGACACUUCCAUAAUGACGGGCAGCUAUAACAAUUUCUUCAGAGUGUUUGAUCGCAAUUCGAAAAAGGAUGUCACAUUGGAGGCGUCACGCGACAUUAUCAAACCAAAAACGGUGCUUAAACCGCGUAAAGUUUGCACCGGUGGCAAGCGAAAAAAAGACGAGAUUAGUGUCGAUUGUCUCGACUUCAAUAAGAAGAUACUACACACAGCUUGGCAUCCGCAAGAGAAUGUAAUUGCUGUGGCGGCCACAAACAAUCUGUUUAUAUUUCAGGAUAAGUUUUAGCUAAAACUCUCUCAUCUACUUCAGUUCAACUUCAUCACCACCACCACCAUUAUGGCGUCGUUAAGAAUAAUUAUUAUGCUUAAUUCUAAAUUUUAUACUUAUCGCUGCUGCAAAUGCUAUCACUCACUACUACUACUACUUGCUAUCAGUACUGUGUAAUCAGAGCAAACAAACAAAAAAAAAAAACAAAUAAUACGAUCAACUUUUGAUCGUAAUAUUAAGCGAAAUACGAGGACGGACAUGGAGUCUAGACGAAUGCGUCGGCGUAGGCGUUGUCACAACUCAUAGCAUCAUACAUACAUAUAUAUACACAUAUAGUUAGAUAUAACUCACUAUUAGCGCUAAUAAUUAACGAAACAAAAUCUCGAUUGGCAGUUGAUUAUUGAUACAGCAAUAACACGGUGUGUGUGUGUGUGUACAAGCCUCAGCCGAAACAACAAAAAACGUAAAGUUUUUAGUUUUAAGUUUUGCACUCAAACGCGGCUUACACACUCGCGACAUGCUUGCUAGCAACGUGGAGAAAAAAGUGUGUGAGAAGUAGAGUUAAAGCGCGGGAAAGGAAAAAUACAGCUGGCUGCGCCAGUUAAACCAAACAAUAUAAAUCGUCUACUAUUGCGCACAAAAAAAAAUAAAUAUGAAGAAAAAACAAGAAAACAAUAAACGCCUUAAACCAAAACUUUGUACAGUACUCUGAUUACAUUUCUGUUAAAUUCCUUAAAACAAUGUUGCCUCGGCUAUAGACUUUCAGCUACUUUUAGAAGAGAGUGUGUUUUUUAUACAAUAUUUAUGCGAAAUCAGUAAGAAUAACAACUAUUUAUGCAGUAAUAUGUUUGCUUAAUUUGUAAUAAAAACAGAAAUUGUUAAUAAUAACUGAUUUUUUUCUUUUCGUUAAUACGAACAAAUGAAAUAAGUUGGAAAUUCACAUUAAAAAAUAGAAACAAAACAAAAAAAAAAUUAAAAUAUCAAUAAUUGUAGUUUCAUCUUAGUAAACUAUAACUUUUAAGUGAAAAAGUGAGGGAUUUCAAAGCUAAUAACGGCAUAUUUAACAUUAUUACAACAUUACCAUGCUUCGAAGAGCAAAACCUAAAAUUACGUAUUUAAGAAAUAAUAAAAAAGACAAAUAUUGCUAUAAAUAUUGAAGGCAUUAUUUAUGAGCGCAUAUGCAGUGAUGUUCAAGCUAGAGUACAUAGCUGAGGUUGUUCUUAAUGGAUAGCAGAUGUUACACGAAAACGACGCUACAGUUGCGUGUUCAGCGGAAAUCUUGUGCUUUUGGCUAAUUAAAUGACAACAAACACAAACAAUAUAUAUUUUAACAUUUUUAUUUUAUGUGCGCUCUGCUUGUCAUUUAAUUUUGAAAAAAAUAAAUUAAGCGCCUAAUAUUUUUUGAAAAAAAAUUAUACCAAUCAGGGCCUAAUAUUUUUUUAAUACAAUAUAAUUUUCGUAAAUAAGUCUUGAAUAUUCUGAAAUGCUUAUACAUAUAUAACAAAUGGCUGGUAGUGUCACCCAUACUGCUGGAGUAAAGUUAGUCUAGUCUUAGUAACUUUCAAUUUUUGUGCUAUCAGUUAACGAAAGCCAUGGAACUCGACGAGCAAUAUUGUUUGUCAUACGUGAAAAACUAACAAUGUUAUUCAAAUAAAGUAAUAUGUUAUUAGCGUAUUAAAAACAGUGUGAAAGCAUUUGACUAAAAAUUCAGUUUCCCAUUCAUUUUCAUACUUAUUAUUAAUAAAUACUUUUUUUAUGUCAAUACAAAAUGAGUGAAAUCGGUUUCAGUAUUUACAUUAUAUUCGUACAUAGAUUUGUAAGAAUAUGAUAAUUUCUAAAACUGGCCAGAUCUAACGAUUUCAUAUUUUUCUCCACAACGCAAUGCAGAAAUUAUAUAUAUUUUACGGUUAAUGUAUUUUUUUUUUUUUUUUACUAUAUAUAAAGCGGUUAAGACGUUUGUAAAAAAUGUGCUCUUAUUAUUUUGCUGCGUAAAAGUAAGUGUUGUGACGUCUAAUUUACACUUUUGGGUUUUUCUGCGGCCAGUUUGUAUUUCUGUGAACAUUUUCAUUCCACAAAAAUCUGCCAAAGCAAAGCAAAAACAAGCAAAGGAAGGAAAGUUAGUGAAAUAUUCUUCUUUAACAUAAUUUUGUUUUGAUUUCAAUAUUAUAUUUAAUAUUGGCACAGCAGUGAAGAGGAAAAACAGGAGAUAUAAAUACACAAAUAAUUGGUGUUACUCACAUUUUUGUUGAAUACCGGCGCAAAGCAGUGAGCAUAGUGUUGAAAUAAUAAUUUUUCAUUUAAUAUUCUACGUAUAAUGAUCAUAACGACGCGCUUGAAUAGCCAGAACUAAAUUUGAAAGCAAAAAAAUAUGAGUUAGACAUUUAAAAGCCUACGCGAAAAAAAUGAAAAAGAACGAAGAUAAAUUACACACAUUAUAUGCAUCAUUUCAUUAAAUUCAAACUUUACUCAGAUUAAUUUUCAACGUCAUUGCGUGUUCUCGCAAUUAAUUAAGACAAAAACGUUUUUAAAUAUUAAAUAAUGAUCAUUAUGUCCAUGCGCUUAAGUGAUCAAAUACUUAUUAAAAACGAAAAAUAAAAUUAAUUUAAAAGAAACGAAAGCAUGUAAUUAAAAAUUAACAAACAAAAUUUUUUGAUGCAAAUAAAACUAAAUAUAAUACAAAAAUAAAUGCAAAAGCAAGUUGCAAUAGUCACAAUAAGCUAACAAAUUAUUGAUAACUUGUGAAAAAAAUAAACAUAGAAAUAAACGAAAUGACAUUAUAUGUCAUUAUUAGUAGCGUAAGUCGUAUGAAAGUGAAUAUUUGUGGUUAACAUUAUAUUUGAAACAUUUAAGUUACAUGUUUGUUUGUAAUAUUAAAUUAAUUACUUUACUAGGUAUAUAUGUACAUGCAUAUUUAAAUAGCGUAAAAUUCGGCAAGCUGCAUAAAUGACGUUUAAAUAAACUAUUUGGAUUUAGUUUCCACAACAACCCGAACUCAUGAAAUAUAAAACGAAUGCAAAGUGAAAUAGCAACGAAAGCGAAAUGUAAAAGCUGUCAAAAUUGCAAAAAUUUGUUAUUCAAAUUACAUCUUCUGUAAGCUUUUUUUUUGCUUACUGCUGUAUUCAGUUUGGAUAGUUGUUGUGUGCUUAAUGUGGAACCACUGAGAAUUGCUAACUACGCGCUGUUAACAUAAAUUUUUUUUAAUUAAAUUGUAUUUUUUCUAUUGCUUUUUUAAUUUUUUUAAUUUUUUUUUUAAAUUAAAAAAAAAAUUUUUUUUUGCUUUGUUUUCGAUGGAAACAGGGUGAAACCCUCGAAAUAACAGUAAAAUCCGGAUAUAAUCCCGGUAUAUUUCGGACUGUUGUAAUAAAAAUUGCUGGUAUUUACAUAUGUAUAUGUAUGCAGUCAAAUACCAAAUCCAGCGUUAUGCUAUAUAUGGAAAUAAUAUACUACUUAAGUACCACAACAGCAACAUUUAAUAUUGUUUGCACAUGAAUUUCAUUUACAAAAGUUUUCUAGAUUUUGUAGGGAGUUUAGAAAAACAAUUUUAUUCAAAACACUUUCUUAAGUGAAACAACACUUCUAAAUAUUGGCUAAUAUUUAUGUGUAAAUUUGUUGACAGAAAACUAAACCAUGCUUUAUUACCAUUUUCGAAGAAUAUAUAUUUCAAUUAAAAUGCAUAAAUAGCUGUUAGUGGAUUCCAAAGUUUUUAAUAUACAUUUUUUCAUAGUGUGCCGAAAUGCUCUUCCACAAACCACAAAAUGGAAAUAGCAAAAUUUGUGUAAUCAUAAGUUGGCAAAGGUGUAUAAUUUGUUUGUAUGUAUUUUUGUAUCAAUAUUUCUUUGGUUUUUGCUGAUAAUUUGUCUCAUUAUUAAUAACUUCUAAUUCACAUUUUUGAAAAUUUAAAAUGUAUUUUGUUUUUUUCUAUAAAAUCUGCAACUAGCAUUUAAACUCGUGCAACUUUAUUGUAAUUUAUAAAAUUUAUUGUUUAAACUCUUCAUGCUUUGAAUAUUCAGUAUAGCAGCAGCAGUAAGGAUAAUUAUGCAUGUGCAUCAAUAAACCGUAUAUACAAGAUAUUUAGCUAUAGUAUGUAUGUAUGUAUAUGUAUUAUUCUAAAUAUUAAAUUAUCAUGUUAUAUACAGAUGUAUACAUUAUUGUAUGUAUAUACGAAAAAAGCAAAUAUAUGGUAUAAUUAGAAACAUAUAUACAUUAUAUAUAAUUUACUCAAAAAUGCAGUGCUUCUCAAUUUAUAAGGUAUGUGUAUGUAUGUAAGUAAAACGUUAACGAAAGAAUGCAGUUCAGUUAUCAGUUUAUAUAAAAUAUAUAAAAAAAACCAUAAAAAGAAAAACUAAAAAAAAACUAUAAUAGAAUAAUUAAUUGACAACUAUUGCAUCUGCACACAACAACAAGCAUAAUAAAAUGAAACAAGACUUGUUAGAUAAGUCGUAAGGCCAUGAACAAGAAACAUUGAAAAUAUUUUUGCAGCACCAAAACAUUUAAACGCGCUAAAAAACAGAGCCAGCAUUAUUAAUAAUUAAGUAUUUAGAAAACAACAAAUAAUAAAGAAAAUUGCAAACAAAAUUUAUAUUAUAAUUCAUAAAAUGUUAUGAUGCUGAAAAUCACAAUAAAGUGCGAAUGUUAUUAACAUUAA